AUGGCCACUGGUUUAGCUUUUGUCAUCUUUGUGGCGCUCAUUGUGAAGCUUGCGCUUCGGACAUACCGCAUACACAUGCAUCCUUUGAAUUCAUUCAAGGGGCUUCCAGAGGCAUGCGUGUCGGAAAAUUGGCUAUACAAGGUUACAAAAAGUGGGAGAGCAGAACAAACAUUCGAGGCUCUUCAUAAAAAGUACAAUACAAAGGCUCUUCGGAUUGGGCCUAAUGAGCUUCAUAUCACCGAUAUUGAGCUGUACAAAGUGAUCUAUAGUCAGGCAAAGCCGUUUCUUAAGCAUGCCCCAUUUUACAAUGGAUUCAACACACCGCACACUGUUUUUGCUGAGCUUGAACCUCAUCUACACAAGGAUCGCCGGCGUAUGCUGAAUCCUUUGUUUUCGAAAGUUGGCGUUUACAAGCUGGAACCUCUUAUCCGUGAGAAGAUCUAUCUGCUAUCGGCAAAAAUCACCCGACUUUGCGCGACCAAGGAAAUCGACGUUUACAACGCAGUUCGUCUCUUAACAACGGAAAUCAUCACAGAGUUCGCCUUCGCCAAAUCGGCUAAUCUCAUCGAGGAGAGGCGUGAUGAAAUGGAUUCAUGGUUCCUUGACGCUUUCGAUGUUGGUUCCCAGAGUAUCGUGGAUCUACAGUAUAAUUCAGUGCUCCGGCAAAUUGUGAAAAUUCUUCCAGCUGGUGCGGUAAAACUUUUAAAUCCCAAACUUCGCUCUAUACUGGACCUUCAGGAGUUUGCGGCAAGCUGCAUGCGAUACUGGCAAAAAUCGUCCGACACCUCCUCUUACCCUGUUAUCUUCGAUAGCCUGAAGUCAAUCUCGGAUGAGGCCAAGGUUUCUGAAGCAAUGGAUAUUCUUAUCGCCGGUGCUGAUACCACCGCAUCUACUCUUACAACUGGGUUCAUCCAUAUUCUGUCCAAUGAAGACAUCAAAAGCCGUCUUGUGCACGCCAUUGAUGAAGUCAUGCCAGAAGCUGGAUCGCUAAUCUCACUUCAAGCCUUGGAGAAAGUGGAAUACUUGUCGGCAUGUGUCAAAGAGUCGAUCAGGGUUGGCAUGGCCGUACCAGGUCGUCUACCUCGUGUUGUUCCUACUGGUGACCCAUUCGUCGUCGAAAAUAAAGUUGUUCCUGCAGGUACCAUUGUUGGUAUGUCAACAUACACUAUGCACAACUCUGAGGACGCGUGGGGACCCGAUGCCCGUGAGUUCAACCCGGACCGUUGGAUCGGAACCGAAUCCAAGGGCUUAGAACAGUGGAUGUGCACGUUUUCCAAAGGCGCAAGAAUGUGCCUGGGACAAAAUGUCGCACCCGCUGAGAUCACUCUCGCAUUCGCUUACAUGUUCCGCAACUUCGAACUUAGUCUUCCAAAGGGUUACGUGAAGCCAGAUGCCCUUGACCACUUCACCUUGGCGUACCAGAAGCCUGGAUUACCUGUCGUGUUCAAGCCUCGUCAGUAA